CUCUCUCUCCGCCUUACUUACUGGUCACAAGAAUAUCAAUAUGUGGGACCGAACAAAAUGUGAAAUUGGUAUGGCAACUUGGAAGAUCCGAUGGGACCAAUACUACUUACCGUAGAUUGAAAUCAUAACAUGAUUGUGAUAUAUUUAAGAAUCCAUAUUAUGUUCCUAUUCGAUUGGUAGAAAUAUAAAUUAUUUAGAUCUAGAUCUUGUACUUGCCUUUUCAGAAGUUAUCAGCUGACAGCGUCGACAUCGGCCGCAUCGCGCAUAAAUUUUGGUUACACAAGAUCGCUUUGUCAUGUCGCCCUCUUAUGUUGAGUUAAUAUGAAGUUGACAAAAUGGCAGCGCUCAGUGGAACGUGCGUGAGGCAAUGGUUACGAUUUUUGGGUACGAAUGCAGCAAGAACAAGGACUGCGGAUCAUAGCACUAACUGUAGAACUUUACCGUCUUCAAAUAAUCAUGCCAGGCUAUUAGUUCGCCCAUUAUCAGUGACUACAUUGCUCAGAAAUGAGGAAAAACAGCCUAAUCAGCCGACGGAAAGUGCGAUGCCAUUGGUGGCAAUGCUCCGCGAGGCCGAGGAGAAGGCGAAACGAGAAACAGAGGAUGACCGGAAGAAGAAGGAGGAGCGAAAAAAGAGAACGGCACGCAUCCAGAAGUGGGCAAUGCGCAUCACGGGGGGAAUGCUUGUUGGAGCAUCAUUAUUGACUGUUUAUGAAUUAGGCCAACCUCAGCUAGAUGACCAUGGAAAAGUGAUUGUUGGUGAGUUUGAGAAUGAUUUCAUCGUCUUGGCCUAUUUGAAGAGGGCAUUUAAAGAAAUGAACACCUACAAAACAAUGAUUGCAGAACCAUCAGCAGAGAAACUCCUUCCAGAUCCUCUUGUAGAACCAUAUUACCAGCCACCAUACACUCUCGUUCUAGAGAUGAAAGAUGUCCUAGUUCAUCCAGAAUGGACGUAUGCAAAUGGUUGGAGAUUUAAGAAGAGACCUGGAGUAGAAUACUUCCUACAGCAAGCCGGCCCACCAUUAUUUGAAAUUGUCAUCUACACCUCAGAACAAGGAUUUACUGCAUUUCCCAUCCUGGAUUCCUUAGAUCCUAAGGGUUGUAUCAUGUAUAGACUAUUCAGAGAUGCAACCAAGUAUGUCAACGGUCAUCAUGUCAAGGAUUUGUCAAGUUUGAAUCGUGAUCUUUCCAAGGUAAUCAUCGUUGAUUGCAAUGCUAGGUCAUAUCAGCUACAACCCAAGAAUGCUCUUGGUCUCAAGAAAUGGGAAGGCAAUGAUGAUGACAGGACUCUCUUUGAAUUAGCUGCUUUCCUUAGAACCAUUGCUGCUAGUAAUGUUGAAGAUGUCAGGACAGUACUGGAAUUCUACCAACAGUUUGAUGACCCAAUGGAAGCUUUCAGGAUUAACCAGGCUAGAUUACAGAGAGAGCAAGAGGAAGAGGCAAAGAGACUAGCAGAAGCCAAAGAGAAAGGUGGUACAUCACUAGUAGGAGGCUUGACCAAGGGAUUGAUUGGAAGAAGAUGAAACUCCUUGUGUAAACAAAUCCGUCUUGUCAUCACCUUAUUCAUUCAAACUUUGCCUGUCUACUAUCUCAGAUGUAUGUUUGUCAAGGAGAAACCAGUUUUUACCUCCAUAUGCAGCAAUUGUAUUUUCCUUUUGCACUUUCCGAUUGGACCGGGGAAGACUCGCGUAUAAGACACUACUGAAGAGUCGAAUUUGGGGCUGUUCAGGUUUUGAAGAAAUUUGUUUCUAUGUUGGAGAAUGAGUACCUAUCUGGCUCUUGGUCGAUUGAUAUCAAAGUCUUGCUGCACUUUAUUCAAAUUGAUCUCAACUAUGGAAAGCCAGUGACACCAUAAUUUGUCAUCUAGAAUGGAAUUCGAGUGACCCGCUAUUUAAAAAAAAUAUAGAUUUUGAUCAAUACUUAAAUAUUCCAAAAUUUUUGGCAUGAAAUGUUUAAUUCAAGACAGCAUCAGUUCCUGUGCAUGUGCGUGCAUCAGAUGUGCAUUCAGUCAUAUUACACUGUAAUUGCAUUGUCUGUGUUGAUCUGUUUGUUCAUCUAGCUGGUUCUUGUUUUUCCUGCAAUUAAUUUUCACAGAAGAUGAAAAUGAAUGUAUAUUUCAUGCUGCACUUCCCUUGUGUCAAUAGGGUGAAUUAUCUGCACGGAUUCAUGAAUGGUGGCAAUAAUUGAAAAUUGAAUUAGCAUGAUUAGUGAUAAUUCUCUUAUUCAGAGUUUGCUGUGAUGAAUGCCAGGUAAAAAAGCUUGCUGGCAAAAUGUUGAAUUGCAUGAAGUGUCCAAGCAUAGUUCACUCAUUUGACAUUGAUUCAACCAGUUAUGCUCUAUUUUGCUUAUAAGAGGGCAAAAUCAUUCUAUAUGAUAGAUAGGUCAUCACUGGCAUUCCAUGGGUAAGAUUAAUGAAAUUCGUUGUGAAUCCUUGUAAAAGAAGGCCUUUGUUUGUUUGUCAUCAAUAACUAGCUUUGCAUACCAGUUGGUAAUAAUGUCCAUAUUUCCCAAAGCAUCUUCAAAUUCUAGUACUAUAUGUUUUUUUUUCUAUAUCUUCAUAUAUAUGUGUUUAAUGGGGGUCCAUCCUGACUUCCAAGUUGGUUUGAUAAAGGGGAAAAUGAGAGAUUUAAUGAAAAUCCACCACAGACUAUCAGAGUUAAGAACACAUGAGCAGCAGCACCCGCUGAAUGGAAUGCAAUAUCACGAUGAACCACAUAUAAAAAGUCAAUUCAUGAAAUUCAUAGAGCGGCUUGCAUGUGACAUUUCCCCAAAAAAGUCUUGGUGGACCUCCCCUCAAGACAAUUGUCAAUUGUGAGAUAAUUGAAUUUGAAUAUUGAAUCUGGUAGAAUUAACCAGUGCAUGUAGAAUGUGUAUGUAUGUACUGUAAAGGAAUAAAUCCCUGCGCCAAAAUUUUGGUCUCUUGGAUGUAAUUUAGAUAGUGAAUUGUUUCAUGCCAUUAAUAAUUAAAUAACAAUUCGCAAGAGAAUGUGAUGAUUUUAUAAUAGAUUUCAAACUAUCAAAAUAUCUUCAGAUUUUUGCAGUAAUGACAAUUUUUAAUGGUUGUUACUUAAAAGCUACGUUCACAUAUACACCUCUACGAUCACUGUACAAAAGAUUUUAUACCAUUUAUUGCUAUGUAUAAAAAUAGUUUGUAUGGUGUUUGUAAAGGUACAUGUAUUUGUGACUGUAGUACAAGUUUCAGGCCUUGGGAAUUGCUGGUUGGACAAAGUAGUAAUCUUGUAUUUCAUCUUAAUAAACCAGAAUAAAGUACUGAUUUUUUUCUCAAGUUUAUUAGCCAAUCAAAACCAAGGAUUUCUCUGAUGUCAGAGAAAGACAAUUUGUUAGUUUGUAGGGUCGAAUGAAAAUUCUAUGAAUUACUUGUUAAAAUAGGCAAACGUGGCCUGUCUUAUCCAGUAAGUAUUUUAUAUAUUGACACUAUACAUUUGUUAUAUAGGCUCAUUAUAACUGUUAUAUGGUUUGAUUCUUAAAACCACACUGGUCAUAUGGGGUUUAAUUUGUCUUUUUUUUAAAUACAAGAUUAGGCCGGUAGGUUGGUCAAUUUUAUCUUAUUGAAUAUUUUGAGUGCAUGACGGCUACAGAGCGCAUAGAAUAUUAUCAUAACACAAGUUUUACCAACAUUUUCGGAGCUUUUAAGGUAGAUACUUUAAAUUGGUGAGUUGAAGUCUACUUAAAUGACCCCUACAUUUUUGCUUGUGUAAUAUUUGUGUAUUUAUUUUCUAACCAUGAGCAAGGGCAAACUUAAAUUGUUGGGUCUGCUUCUGUAUAAAUGAAGUCCCACACUUUAUACCUGUAUUUUCUUAUUUAAAUGUGCACUUAUGAGCAAUGCUACAUUAACCUUUUUUUUUUUAAGAUAUACAUAAAAUAAAAUAAUGAUAGAAACUUGAGCACUCUUGCAGCUUUUUACAGUGAAAAACACCAAAUAAAAAUAAAAUUACAUAUGGAAAUUAAAUGUAAAACGAUGAUAAUUCAAAACGGUAUUCAGUUUUUUUUUUUUUAGUUUAAAUGACUACUUGCAAGACUUUCCUGAAUUCCUCUGAUUACAACAGGUAAAAAAAAAAGAUGGAUGUGCUGUUAAGGACUGGGCCAAAUAUACUGGUAUAUUAGACUCUUCAGUAUUGUCUGACACCUGGGGCCCAUAACGCAAAGCUUAACUAUUGAUCAUAUCACUGUCAAAAUCUGCCAUAUAAUCAAUCACAGAGUUUUAUGUAGCAGGUCCCAGUUGUCAGAUUUUACAUUUGACUUCAAACGAUAUUUUGAAGCAGAUAUAAUGGUUACCCAGUACUAGUGUCUGCUGUCUGCACAAUGCUACUAUUACACUUGCAUGAUAUUGGGCCACGACUAGUUCACGCAUCGAGUCGUGCCACGUCAUUCCAUGUUGUGAAGUGUGCGGGCCAGUGCGGACAAUGCUUGAAGUGUCAUGCCAAAAUUUUAGAAUUUCUAAAAUCUUGGCACGACAAAUUUCUGGGAUUAUUGGCGUGAACUAUUUGUAAACUGUGGUGCGCAACCUCGUGCCAUGGCACGCAUUUCAUAACUAGUUCACGACUAGUUUACGAGUAGUUUGUGACAAGUUAAACAAUAGUUUGCGCAUAGUUCACGCUCGCAUAAGAAUUGCCUCAAAGUCAUACGCAUGCGCAGUUUUGCUAUAUCAAACAGCAAUUCAUGAAGUUUGAUUUUAUGCUCCAAUGAAUGAUAAUGAAUUGAAUGACGUGACCAAUAGCAUGUACAGCAUCAACUUUGACAAAGAAAUGUAAGGGCCAUACACAAGCAAAAUAGUUACUAUUGUCCCCAGACAAUAUUGGGCCCAUCUGAUGCUCGAUAAGCACCUGGUAACAGUGCACGAACUAUUUGUAAAUAAUGCGUAAACUAGUCGGGACUAUGGCACGAAGCAAUGACCCAUUUCAUGCCUCACAUUGUCACAAACUGGCACGAUAAAAUCGUGCCAAUGCGGGAACCCAAAAUCGUGCAAGUGUAAUAGCAGCAUAAGUCAAUCUUCUUUUAAGAUAGUUGCCAAGGUUAAAGCAAUUUUUCUGGACUAGAUUUUGCAAAGCAUGUGUUAUUCAUAUCUAAAGUCAAGAAGAUAUCUGUGGUCCUAAAACAUGACUUCAGCAGGCUCACCUGUAUGUAAUUCAUAAUUAUAUUUUUCAUUUGGCAGUGGCUAUAACAAUCAUAUCAUAUACCUUUUGUAACACGAGUGAUAAGUGCAAAAUUUGUCAAAUUGCAGUUAGUAAGAAGCUCUUGCAUAUUGUAUCAAGGCUUUUAUUCAGCCUCUACCUACUUGAUAAAAAUGGUAUCAGUAUUUCAGUACACUAUUUCAUAUAGAGUGGUGCUCAAAACUUGGUGAACCCCACCCAAAAAUGAACAUAUUUAAAGUUGUUUAGAGUUCUGCCAGCAUUUAGAUUCCUCAUUUUGAAGUCAGGUGAUUAAAUAUUACAUUCAAUAAAGAUUGUUUCUCUGGACCCACCGAACAUUGCAGUGUUGUUGUUUACAUUCAACACUUGGCAUGGAAUAAUGCAUUUUUUGAAAUGGCUUACUAACUAUCGAGCACAACUGUAUGAUUAUAUAAGUAAUCGAGAUAGAGAGAGACUGAUACAAGAGACACUAGGUCAAGUACCAAACAUCAAUACAGUCAAACAUGCUUAUUAAAAUGAAACCUGUUGGGGUGUCUCACAAAGAUUUAAGUGUGACUUAAGUUGCACUUAAACCCUGACGCAUACACGAUAUGCAACGCGCAAUCUUAUUAAUAGUAAUACGCGGUAGUGCACAUUCUCUUGGCAUGAACUGACCAAUAUGGUCAUGCCUUUUAUAACGCACGCAAUUAGGCAUUUAAGUGCGACUCCAAGUCAUACUUAAAUCUUUGUGAAACACCCCUUGUAAAAUUAAAGAUUUUUCAUCUAUAAAGGCUGUAUGACCCGGUAGUAUAGUUCUAAUUUAGACAGCAAAGCUGCCAAUGAAGACCACCUGCCUAUAAGAACUACAUUUUGUUUCUUUGAGUAGUAUGUGCUAUGCUGAGUUUUCUGAACAUAUUCUUGACCAAGUGAAAACUCUGAUGAAUUGUUUGUUUUCAUCUUAACUACAAAUUGCAGUAAAAA